UUUUUUGUGAACACGUCUUUUUUAUUAUUUUUAUUAUUUUUCACUAUCUUGUAGACAAAAGUAUGAUUGCUUCAUCUUCAUUGCCUUUAUUCUCUCAAUUGGCAGAGAUGAGCGAUGAAGAAAAAUAUGGGAUUAUUGCACGCUUCAUGCCUUGUGAUCUAUGCACAAGUUGUCAAGGUUGGCAUCCUUACAAUGACAAUAGUGAUAACUGUCAGUGUGGACAUGAUACUUUUCACCAUAUUGAUCAUGGACAGGAUCUGGAUCGUCGGUUAAAAGUAGCCCUGAGACUGACUGAACUACUUCAAGAAAAAGGCAAACUAGAUGAUUAUGACUAUCAAGAUGAAGAUAUCAUGUCUUUAAAAAAACAAAUUCUGUUUAAUACAUCUUCACCUCAUCAAAAGACAUUAGAUCUAAAAAGGAACCGAGAAGAAAAUCAUGCGGAUCAAGAUAGUUACCAAGAAACAAAGAAAAGUAAAAUUAACCAACAAUCUGAUACUCAGAGUGAAGAAGAAGAGGAAGAACAGGAGGAGGAGGAGGAGGAGGAUCAAGAGCAAGAGGAGGAUCAAGAGCAAGAGGAGGAUCAAGAGCAAGAACAAGAGGAGGAUCAAGAGCAAGAACAAGAGGAGGAGCAAGAACAACAACAAGAAGAACUACUGCGAGAAGUAGAUAUAUCUGAAGAAGAAGAAACAAUGAAUGGAUUAUCAAAUGAACCUGAUCAGAUAAAGACAGAGACAAACAUUGUCCUGAACAAUGUUCAAUUAUAUGACGAUGAAAUGACUCGUAUGCUUAAAGAACUAACGCCAAAAAUAAAGAAAGAAACACCCGCCAUGUUAGAAGAGAAACAAGGGAAUAUCAAAGUUCAGGUUGUGCUGAAUGAUGGCACACGCCAAAAUAUGAUCCUAUUGACAGGACUAAAAAACAUCUUUCAGAAGCAAUUACCCAAAAUGCCUAAAGAAUACAUAGCAAGACUUGUUUAUGAUAGAAACCAUCGUAGUAUUGCUCUGGUUCGUCCUCCUCAAAAAGUAUUUGGCGGUAUUUGUUAUCGCCCAUUUGAUGCUCAGGAAUUUGCUGAAAUUGUGUUUUGUGCUGUAGCAUCUACUGAACAAGUCAAGGGCUAUGGUUCUUUCAUCAUGAACCAUCUAAAAGACUAUGUGUCUGAACAUACAAACGUAAAGCAUUUUCUGACUUAUGCUGAUAAUUAUGCUGUGGGUUAUUUCAAAAAGCAAGGAUUCACAACAGAAAUCACACUAGAUAAACGAAAAUGGGUAGGCUAUAUCAAGGAUUAUGAGGGUGGUACCAUUAUGCAGUGCACCAUGGUACCUCAUAUUAAAUAUCUUCAAGUGCGGGACAUUCUAGGAGCCCAGAGAAAUGCCAUUUUGAGAAAAAUGCAAGAGAGAUCAACAGAACAUAUUGUCUAUCCUGGCUUAAGAAUGCCAGUAGGUAAAAAUGGGAAAAGAUCCAUUGACCCUAUGGGUGUGCCUGGUAUUGCUGAUUCUGGCUGGACACCUGAAAUGGAUGCACUAUCCAAUAGACCAAGACAUGCACCCCAUUAUAAUCAAAUGCUAUUUUUGGUGGAAGAAAUGCAGAAUUAUACACAUGCUUGGCCAUUUUUGGAGCCAGUAAGCAUUGAAGAUGUUGCAGAUUAUUAUGAUAUUAUCAAAGACCCUAUGGACCUUGCUACACUAGAAGACAAUGUAAAAGCAGACGCAUAUCCUACCAUGGAUGAUUUUAUACGUGAUACACAAAAGAUAUUUAAUAACUGUAAAAUAUACAAUGGAGAAGACACUGAAUAUGCUCGAUGUGCUAUUAAACUGGAGCGGUUCUUUAAUGACAAGUUGAAAUCUCUUGAUAGGAAAUCAGAAUAAAAGGUACUUUCAACGUCAUCAACUUUUUUUGAUGGUAACACGUG